UUAGAGAUUAGAGAGAGAAAACAUUAGGGUUAGAGAGAGAAAGUCAUUAGGGUUGUGUAACAGCAGUACAAGUAGGGUCAAGGCUACGCGCCUAAUUCCAUCUCCAAACUCGAUGCCAUUUCACUAGCCGCCCCCUUUUCAAAACCCUCACCCUCUUUCUCCCUCUCCUUUUUUCUCUCUCGAACUCGGAUUUUCGCCGAUUCUUCCCGGCCUCUCUCUCUCUCUCUCUGUAUUUUUCAAGGGAUGCCGCCCUUCCCAUCCCCAUUCAUAGAGCUUCCUCUCUCCUUCUUCUUCUUAUCUCCCUGAAAAUCCCUUCUCCUCAUCCUCUGUGUGUGUCUGUUUCUUACUCUCUCUCUUCACGAUCGAAGGCCCCUGCUUUUUGACCAUCCUAGCCCUUGUCCCUGCCGGAAAUGGUUUCUGGUCCAAGGGCAGAAACAGAAACUUCCGAUAUUCUUCCUGCUAAGGUACAGCGCACUAUCCAGUCCAUAAAAGAGAUCGUUGGAAACCACUCUGAUGAGUAUAUUUAUGUAACCCUAAAAGAGUCGAAUAUGGAUCCAAACGAGACUGCUCAGAAGCUGCUCAAUCAAGAUCCAUUUCAUGAGGUGAAGAGGAAAAGGGACAAGAAAAAAGAGAGUACAUUGCACAAGAGUCCCCCUGAAAUAAGAAGACGUCCAGAGCCCACUGGACAAGUGGUUAGAACUCAUAUGGUGUGGGAUCAAAACGCUCGAAGAGGAGGCUAUGCUCGUAAUAAAUUACCUGCUGCAGGAAUCAGCAGGGAAUUCCGUGUCGUGAGGGAUAACAGAUUCAAUCAAAAUGCAAACAGGGACUCAAAGUUGUCAUUUCAGUCGCAGUCAGCAUCUUCAAAAUAUGUCACAUCAGAUCCUCAGAGCUCUUCCGGAAACUUAACUGAUCAAAAGCACUCCGAUUCCAAUGGAAAUCCAGGGGCCCAGGUGCGGUCCAAAGGUUCCGGUAGUGGCCGUAAUUCUCUCCAUGGCUAUGCUCGCAAUGCUGAAUCUAAUGGAAACCAGAGGUCGAUAUUAUCGGGGGGGAUACAUGCUACAGUUUCCAACUUGCCUUCACAUUCCCAAGCGAAGCCUGUGCUAAAUUCUGAGGGCUAUUCUCCAUCAUCGACAAAUAAUUCAGUAACUGGGGUGUACUCUUCAACUUCAGAUCCAGUUCAUGUGCCAUCGCCUGAUUCUAGGUCAACUGGAAAUAUUGGGGCAAUUAAACGUGAAGUUGGCAUAGUGGGUCCUCGGCGCCAGUCUGAGCAUUUGGUUUCACUUUCCUCUAUUUCAAGCAGUGCAUUUUCAAUUGGCUCCACGUCAGCUUCAUCUUUUGGACAUACGGGUUCCUCAUUAAAGAAUGACCAUUUUACUCAAUCGUCGAUACAAGAAGCUGUUACUUCCAGUGUCUCAGUUAGCCGUUCUUUUGCCAGUAAUCAAUAUGGUAGCAAGUCCCAUCAGCCUGUCAGUCACCAGAAAGCAGCAAUGACUAAUAUGGAAUGGAAACCCAAGCCAACAAACCAGAAACUGGGCAUCAGCAACCCCAAAGCCACUGGAACUGGGACCACCACUACUAGUGCUCCAUCAUUGGCGAGCACCCCACAUAGCUCAAAAGAGGAACCGGCAGCAACAGGCCUGCAUGACAAUUUCAGCCAAAUGGCCAUUAAAGAAACUCAGCAUGUGAUCAUACCGCAUCACUUCCGGGUCCCUGAAGCUGAUCGUACUCGCCUUACUUUUGGUAGCUUUGGCGUAGACUUUGACUCUAGAACUGCCUUUCAAGCCCCUAGAAAUUCUGAGGAAUCGAAGGAUGAAGCUGCUCCAAGCCAUGCAUCCUUGGGUGCCGUUGCUCUCAGUGAAGCUGUGACCAAUGACCAGUUAACUUUGGUGGAAGAUAGAACGGGCAUCACUGAGGCUGAUACUCAAGCCUCAGUUCCAACUUCUGAAGGCUUGCAGAGUGAAGACAAGCAGGUUGGGGCACAAAAUUUGCAGAGCUAUGGGAACAUAGGCUUGGUUCAUGAUCAUAGCCCUUCAUACAGAACAGAAGAGAUAGACCAGCAAGAUACUCCACCCCUUCCAAGUUUUGAGCAAGCAUAUGACCAGUCUACAAGUUAUGACAUGCAGUUUUUCAGGCAAGCCAUGGACGAAAGUACACGUGGGCAAGGCAUAGCAUCUCCUUCAGAGGCCCUGAACUCACACGUGAACAGCAACCCACCAACCACAGUGGCCAUGGUGCAACAACAACCUGUGGCCCCACUUUAUGCGCAGCCUCCUGGGGUCCACAUCCCUCAUUAUACCAACUUUGUCCCUUACAGACAAUACCUUUCCCCUCUCUAUGUUCCACCCAUGGCCAUGCCUGCUGGUUUCUCCACAAACCCAGCUUACCCUCAUGCACCAAGUGGGAGCAGUUAUUUAUUGAUGCCUGGUGGUGGGAGCUCGCAUCUAACCACUGGUGGUGCCAUGAAGUAUUCUCCUUCUCAGUAUAAGCCUGUGCCCUCCCCUAUCCCGACUGCCUAUGGCAAUUAUGCGAACCAGGCUGGCGGGUAUGGUGCGAGUACACCUGUUGUGACUGCUGGUCUUGAGGAUAUGUCGAGGAUCAAGUACAAGGAGAGCAAUCUCUACAUCCCCAAUCCUCAGGCUGAUGGUUCUGAGAUUUGGAUUCAGACGCCAAGGGAGAUGGGAAGCAUGCAAUCAGGCCCUUUUUACAAUCUCUCUGGUGGGCAAGCCCCCCAUGCUGCUUACGUGCCCUCUCACACAGGCCACGCUCCUUUCAAUGCUGCACAAUCUGCCCACCCAGCCUUUGCCGGGCUCUACCAUGCACCUCAACCGUCUGCAAUGGCGAACCCCCAUCUUGUGCACCAGCAGUUGCCUAGCAUGGGCGGCAAUGUGGGACCCACCGCACAGGCGCCAGCCUAUCAGCCACCACAGCUUGGCCACAUAAACUGGAACAGCUUCUGACCUCUCUCUCUAUAUUUCUUUCGAACACCUGAAAAUCAUUUAGAGAAGGAACAUUCACUGGAGUUCCUUCUAUUAGAUGACUUGAGGGGGUUGGUGGGUCUUUGUUGGUUUUUACAAAGUGGUGGGGAUCUUCAAGAAAAAGCAAAAAAUGGUGAGGAGAAUAUGUAAAUUGGCUUAUGCUUAGAAAGACCAUGAUGGGGACCUGACAUUCGUCGAUGUUGAGAAACAUGAAAGAAGGGUUAGUUAUUAAAUGAAUGAUCAAUUUCCAUUGGGUAUAA